UGUAUUACAAGUGUUUAGUCACAAGUCGUGCUGAUACAUUGGACCUUUGUUUAUUGCUUUUUGUCAUAAAACAUUUUUUAGGGCAAUGGUCCUUGAUGGUAAUUAUAACCAUGUCUGUUAGUUAGAUCACGAGGAGCUACCAUAUCAUUCAUCUUCAUGGUGGUUCUGUGUCUACCAUUUCAUGGAAACAUGGAACUACACCAUAACGACAUGGAAAUGCACCUGUUCAUCAUCUCCUCUCGGGCCAUGCAACCAUGAAGCUGAACGAACGCAGCGUGGCUCACUAUGCAACGUGCGACUCUCCCCCGGACAAGACCGGCUUCCUCUUCAAGAAGGGGGAGCGGAACACGGCCUACCACCGCCGCUGGUUCGUCCUCAAGGGCAACAUGCUGUUCUACUUCGAGGAGCGCGAGAGCAAGGAGCCCAUCGGCGUCAUCGUGCUCGAGGGCUGCACGGUGGAGCUGUGCGAGUCGGCCGAGGAGUUCGCCUUCGCCGUCAAGUUCGACUGCGCCAGGUCCCGCGUCUACAAGAUGGCCGCCGAGAGCCAGGCGGGCAUGGAGUCCUGGGUGAAGGCGCUGUCGCGGGCCAGCUUCGACUACAUGCGGCUGGUGGUGCGCGAGCUGGAGAAACAGCUGGAGGAGCUUCAGGAGGGAGCCCGAGGGACACAGGGCAAAGCCAAGGGCUCCAGGAAACAACACCAGCAGCCAUCACCACGGCCCAAAUCCACUGGGUCCACGACAGGCGGCGCUCUCGCCGCGUCCUCUACGACUCAACCCCAGGGCCCCACUGCUGGAGCUGCUUUGCCGGCCGCCUCAGCACUCGGCCAGCCAGAGGACGCGCCGCCUCAGAGCGGUCACGCCAAGGAGAACGGCGUGGCGUGGAGCAAGCCGUCCGCCUUGACCAACGGGGUCCCCGAAACACCGGGCGUGGUCUGGGAAGCCGACGGGAGCUCGAGGGGUGAUGGCUUCAGACCCCCACCAGUACCGCCGCGACGGAGGGGAGGCUCGGGGUCAGCCCAGGGGUCUCUCGAGAGCCCGUUCUCCCCGGAAACAGGGUGCUUCUCCAAACUCCAUGACUGGUACGGGAAAGAAGUGUCCGAAUUGCGAGUCGAGUGGCUGCAAAGCCAGUGAAGUGUGGGAGAGCACCACAGUUGUGCUUCAGUUCUGCUCUUCCUUGUUGCAAAGGUUGUGCCAUUGCAGACUGUGCCAUUGGGAGAGCUCUAUUUCUUUUAAAGAAAGUACUGUACUUAAGAUUCCAAACCAGCAGAGAGAGCUUCCACAGAUUGGUUUGUAAAUUCAGCACUUUUUCUGGUUCUUUAGUGCUUCCUGUGCCCACAGGGAAUGCAGUUAGCAAGACAUGACAAGACUUCUUAUGUUUUGUUUUGUUUUGAUUUCCAAAAUGUGGGAAAUUCCAUUGUGCUUUUUAUGUCAAAUUGCAAUGCACAAAAAUAUUCAAAUUGAAUUAAUCCAACACUUUACUGAUUUUAGUGAUCUGAGAAUGGACUCCGAUAUCCUUUCCUAUUUCUCAGUCAAUUUGCUAUGGACCAAUGAUGUAGCGUAUGUAGGCAUCUGAGCGCUUGUUACUUUGCCUUAUGUGGUUGUGAAGAUGUCAAGAUCCCACAACCCAGACUUACUGAGUUACAAUAGUUUACAUAACAACCACUUUGUUUUUAAGCAGAAUGUUUUUUUCUUUCUUUCACUUUAGCCUUUAAACUAUUUCUGCCAGGAAUGAAUGGUGUCAUCUAAGCCUUGUGUCAACAUGAAUUAUUAACAUCUCAUGAAAAGCUCAUUUGAAAUAAACAAAAACGCCCCAGACUCUCAGUGCUAAACAAAGAUACAAAUAGAACAGUUAGUUGUUCAUCCCUUUUUCGUACUUUUUGUCGAAGUGAGGCGAUGGCUGAUAUAUUUACCGAGCUAGCACCAAGCUUUACCUUUAUUUCAAAUGUUAACUUUUCAGUGCACUAUGUUACAUUUACAGCUUUAUAAGUAUUCUAUUGUAGUGCAUUAACAUCCAACCGCAGUUGGUUGGCCUGAUGACCUAAUCUUGUGAUGUUAUGUGCCAAGGUUGGUUUGUUCAAACAUGUAUCAGUGUUUUUGUAUUAUGUUGUUGUUGUAUUAUGAGUUUAAUCGGUACAGAUAAAUGAAAUGUUGUCAAAAUACGGAAUUGUCUAAGGCGCAUAUGCAAGAUAUUGAUUAUUUUGGAAACCGUAUGCACCAUUUAGCCAUGACUUUUUUACAACAGGAUACUUUCAGUCAGUAGUUUGUAUGGAAAUUGCAUAGUAUUUUGUGACCAAAUUAUCAGCCUCAGAGAGCGCCUUGUCACCUAGUUAUUUCUUUCAGUUCUUAAGUUGAUGCUUAAGGCAAGCAAAACCUAUGCUAAACCCAGAUUUCAAUAUAUAUGACAGUGUAUUCACAUCAGAUGGUGAUGGCCGCUAGGCGUUAUUAGACUUGAGAAUCAAGAAGACACAUGCUAGGUACAUCUACAGAUGCUGGCUACUGGUUACAUUUAUCUAUGUGCAUUUUGACCUCUGGUCAUCCAAACUGAAUUUAAGAAAUACAGUAUGAGUUCAGUUGUGUACAUUACUAAUCCUAACAAUGUCUGAAGCUUGGAAGUAAUAAUCGUGGAGAUUUGUUUUAACUUUUUUCUUGAGACCUUGGAGGUUUUGAUCUGGUCACUGAUACUGUGCCAUUACUAUGCA